CUCCCUGUGUGUUUGCGUGUGUGUGAGAGAGGUCAUGGUGCUCCCCACUAUGGCACUGAACCCCCUUUGGCUUCUUCCCUCACAGACCACACCAUAGCUAAGGAUAGCUAAGGGCUACAUUGUUUUGCUUUCAUCUUUGUAGCGAGAGGAAGAGAGUGAACUUAGUUAGGGCAGGGUUGUUGGCCAAGUCGACCUUUCUUCCCUGGAUCCUCGUCCAGCCCUUGACCAGAUUCUGAUCUCAGCACCUAUGCACCACGAAGCCAUGGGGGACGCGCUGUGGGACAUUCUCGGGGAGGAGAUGGCCUCGGCGGCGGCGGCCGGCGAGCACGGCCUCCCCCCCGGGUUCCGGUUUCACCCCACCGACGAGGAGCUCGUCACCUUCUACCUCGCAGCCAAGGUGUUCAACGGCGCCUGCUGCGGCGUCGACAUCGCCGAGGUGGACCUCAACCGGUGCGAGCCGUGGGAGCUCCCCGACGCGGCGAGGAUGGGGGAGAGGGAGUGGUACUUCUUCAACCUGCGCGACCGCAAGUACCCGACGGGGCUCCGCACCAACCGCGCCACCGCCGCGGGUUACUGGAAGGCCACGGGCAAGGACCGCGAGGUGCUCAACGCCGCCACCGGCGCGCUGCUCGGCAUGAAGAAGACCCUCGUCUUCUACAAGGGCCGAGCCCCGCGCGGCGAGAAGACUAAGUGGGUCCUCCACGAGUACCGCCUCGACGGCGACUUCGCCGCCGGCCGCCGCUCCUGCAAGGAGGAAUGGGUGAUCUGCAGGAUAUUCCACAAGGCAGGAGACCAGUACAGCAAGCUGAUGAUGGUGAAGAGCCCCUACUACCUCCCCAUGGACCCCUCCAGCUUCUGCUUCCAGCAAGAGCCUCCUCUUCCAAACCCUAGCAGCUCCACGAGCCUUGCUCUCCCCUUCCACCAUGGCCACCCCACCAUGCAGCUGCCUCCAUCGCUGGAGAACAACCAGAGCAAGACCAACAAUGGCGGCUUCCCUGCAACAGCUUGCAUGCAGGAGACAAACGGCAGCGGCAACACAUGCAGUGCCGUCAUGCCCAUGCUCCCCUUCCCUUCCUUCACCUCGAUCGUCACUGGCAGGGCGGCCCCGCCACCGUCCCAGGUUGGAGUCAACGCCGGUCCUCAGGAGGCGCCACCGCCACCUAACUGGCUGGAGGCUUACCUGCAGCACGGCGGGUUCCUUUAUGAGAUGGGCCCACCUGCAGCGUCCAAGGGCGCAUGAUCCGGACCGUUGGUUCCUUAGGGUUUAUCGACCGAUCAGUUAGUUACCUUGUUGUCUCUUCUCUUGCACUUGAUUAGCUUUAUAAUCUUGCAGCUUAAUUUGCAAGUGUGGUAUUUGGACAAGCACUUGUAG